AUGAACAAUGACAUGGAGCAGAUGGUCCAGCGGUGCGAGCAUUGCCAGCGCUACCAGCGACAAAACCAACAUGAACCACUUACUUAUCGUGACUUGCCUGACAGCCCAUGGCAAACGAUCGCAGCUGAUCUUUUCUACUUUAUCAUAUCCACUUACUUUCUCAUCGUGGAUUACUUUAGCAAGUAUGUGGAACUACAACCAAUGGCGUCCGCCUGCACUGAAGCUGUCAUCACCGCUAUGAAAGUUAUGUGCGCCAGAUUUGCAGUAUCUGAUGGACUUGCCUGUGGAAAUGGACCACCGUUUAAUGCAGCGAAAUUCAAAACGUUCCUCACCAGCUGGGACAUCAUCUACAAUCCCAGCUCACUCUACUAUGCCAGAUCGAAUGGACGUGCUCAAAGGUCCAUUAAAACCAUAAAGCACGCACUUCAGAAAGCUAUAGAAGAUGGGAAAUACCUCUUUGCUGUGCUUAUGGAUGUUAGAAGCACUCCCAUGGAUGGGCUGAAGUCACCUGCAGAGCUCCUAAAGGGCAGAAAAAUUCGCACACUGGUCCCGAUAAAUUCAACUCAACUGCAACCCCACCACAAUUGCAUCGAUGCCCAAUCUCAUCUACAGUUUCGUCAGGAACGGCAGCAUCGGCUUGGGGAUAAGAGAACCAAAGCCCCUGGUCGCACUUCAGAAAGGUUAAAAAGUGUGGUUUCAGCACUGUGGCAAGUGGUCACCAGGGCACAUUAA